UAGAAGAGUAGAGGCGCCGAGUCCGGCAGUGGUGAAAAGUGCGGUAGCGACCCCCAAACCUCGACAUGAAGACCCGCUUUAGCACUAUUGAUCUCCGAGCGGUACUCGCGGAGUUGAAUGCCAGCUUGCUAGGAAUGAGAGUAAACAAUGUUUAUGAUGUGGAUAAUAAGACAUAUCUCAUUCGUCUUCAAAAACCAGACUUUAAAGCCACACUUUUACUUGAAUCUGGCAUACGAAUUCACACAACAGAAUUUGAAUGGCCUAAGAAUAUGAUGCCGUCCAGUUUUGCCAUGAAGUGCCGAAAACAUUUGAAGAGUCGGAGAUUAGUCAGUGCAAAACAGCUUGGUGUGGAUAGAAUUGUAGAUUUUCAAUUCGGAAGUGAUGAAGCUGCUUAUCACUUAAUCAUUGAGCUGUAUGAUAGGGGGAACAUUGUCCUUACAGAUUAUGAGUAUCUAAUUUUAAAUAUCCUAAGAUUUCGAACUGACGAGUCAGAUGAUGUUAAGUUUGCUGUUCGUGAACACUACCCAGUUGACCAUGCAAAAGCUGUUGCACCUUUGCCUACCUUGGAAAGACUGACUGAAAUAAUAACCAGUGCACCUAAGGGUGAACUACUGAGGAGAGUUCUUAACCCACUGCUUCCUUUUGGACCAGCUCUCAUCGAACACUGUCUUAUAGAAAAUGGGUUCUCUGGUGGUGUCAAAGUGGAUGAGAAAUUUGAAAGUAAAGAUAUUGAAAAAGUACUUGUUUGUCUGCAGAAGGCAGAAGACUAUAUGAAAACAACCUCCAACUUCAGUGGGAAGGGAUAUAUCAUUCAGAAAAGAGAAAUAAAACCAAGCCUGGAAGUAGAUAAACCAGCUGAAGAGAUACUCACGUACGAAGAAUUUCAUCCUUUCUUGUUUUCUCAACAUUCACAGUAUCCAUAUAUAGAAUUUGAAUCAUUUGACAAGGCCGUGGAUGAAUUUUAUUCUAAGAUAGAAGGUCAGAAAAUAGAUUUAAAGGCUUUACAACAGGAAAAGCAAGCAUUGAAGAAAUUAGAUAAUUUCCGAAAGGAUCACGAAAACAGAUUAGAAGCUCUUCAGCAGGCUCAGGAAAUAGAUAAACUUAAAGGAGAGCUCAUAGAAAUGAAUCUACAAAUAGUUGACAGAGCCAUUCAGGUUGUUCGAAGUGCUUUAGCCAACCAGAUAGAUUGGACAGAAAUCGGGUUAAUUGUGAAAGAAGCCCAAGCUCAAGGAGACCCUGUUGCAAAUGCAAUCAAAGAAUUGAAAUUACAAACAAAUCAUGUUACAAUGCUGCUAAGAAAUCCAUACUUAUUAUCAGAGGAGGAAGAUGACGAUGUUGAUGGUGACAUCAGUGUUGAGAAAAAUGAAGCUGAACCACCAAAAGGAAAAAAGAAAAAGCAAAAGAAUAAACAGCUGCAGAAGCCGCAGAAAAAUAGGCCAUUACUUGUUGACGUUGAUCUCAGCUUAUCAGCAUAUGCCAAUGCCAAAAAGUAUUACGAUCACAAGAGAUACGCUGCCAAGAAAACACAAAAGACUGUUGAAGCUGCUGAGAAGGCAUUCAAAUCAGCAGAAAAGAAAACAAAGCAAACCUUAAAAGAAGUCCAAACGGUUACCUCAAUUCAAAAAGCAAGAAAAGUGUAUUGGUUUGAGAAAUUUCUGUGGUUCAUUAGCUCAGAGAACUAUCUAAUUAUAGGAGGACGAGAUCAGCAACAGAAUGAAGUAAUCGUGAAACGAUACUUGUCAGCAGGAGACAUUUAUGUACAUGCUGAUCUUCAUGGAGCUACUAGCUGUGUAAUUAAAAAUCCAACAGGAGAACCGAUUCCCCCUCGGACCUUGACUGAAGCUGGCACAAUGGCACUUUGCUACAGUGCUGCUUGGGAUGCCCGAGUUAUCACUAGUGCUUGGUGGGUGUACCAUCAUCAGGUGUCUAAAACAGCACCAACUGGAGAGUAUUUGACAACAGGCAGCUUCAUGAUACGAGGAAAAAAGAAUUUCCUUCCUCCGUCAUAUCUAAUGAUGGGGUUUAGCUUCCUCUUUAAGGUGGAGGAGUCCUGUGUUUGGAGACAUCGGGGUGAACGGAAGGUCAGAGUGCAGGACGAAGACGUGGAGACGCUGGCGAGCUGCGCGAGUGACCUCGCUUCGGAGGAGCUCGAGCAACCUGAUGGAGGCGACAGUAGCAGUGAAGAAGAUAAGGAGGAGUUACAGGAAACUCCCGUGCAGGUAGAACUUGUGACCCAGGUCGACCAGGAGGAUGUUACUAUUCAGAGUGGUGGAGAAGAGCUGAAUGAAGAUCUAAUGCAGGAAGAAAGCUCUGAAGAUGAAGGAGAAUCAGAAGAGGUGGUAAAAGAUCAGGAAUCUGUUGGUGAAAUGAAAGACAAAGGGGAAGAGACAAUAAAUUAUCCUGACACUACCAUUGACUUGUCCCACCUUCAGUCCCAAAGGUCCUUCCAGAAAUUGGCUUCAAAACAGGACUCUUCUAAUAUGGGUGACAGUAAAUUACAGAGCCGGAGACAUUUGUCAGCCAAGGAAAGAAGGGAACUAAAGAAGAAAAGGCUUCCAAGUGACUCAGGGGAUUUAGAAAUGAUGGAGGGAAAGGACAAAGAAAAAGAAGACGCUUUACACGUUGAAACUCAUCAGAUCACAAGCAGAAACGCCCCGGCCAUGCAGCCAGUGAAGCGAGGGCAGAAGAGUAAAAUGAAAAAAAUGAAGGAAAAAUACAAAGAUCAAGAUGAAGAAGAUCGUGAACUCAUUAUGAAAUUGUUAGGAUCUGCAGGCUCAAACAGAGAAGAAAAGGGGAAGAAGGGUAAGAAAGGAAAAAUGAAGGAUGAACCAGUGAAGAAACAGCCCCAGAAAUCUAGAGGUGGAUUACGGGUCUCAGACAGCAUAAAGAAAGAAACUCCAUCCCUUCAGGUUCUGACUCAUGAGGUACAAGACUUGGCUGUAGAUGAUCCACACGAUGACAAGGAAGAGCAAGAUCUGGAUCAACAGGGAAAUGAGGAAAAUCUCUUUGACUCUCUGACAGGGCAGCCGCAUCCGGAAGACGUGCUCCUGUUUGCCAUCCCCAUAUGUGCCCCUUACACCACCAUGACAAACUACAAAUACAAAGUGAAGCUUACUCCUGGAGUUCAGAAAAAGGGAAAAGCGGCAAAAACAGCCUUGAAUAGUUUCAUGCAUUCCAAAGAAGCAACAGCAAGAGAAAAAGAUUUAUUCCGUAGCGUAAAGGACACGGAUUUAUCAAGAAACAUUCCUGGCAAAGUCAAAGUGUCUGCACCCAACCUUCUGAAUGUAAAAAGGAAAUAGCUGAGAUAAAGCCAGGUUUUAUGGCCUCCUGGACAUUCAAAAAUGAAAACACCGUGUAACAAGACUUCCGCUUUAAAAAUGAACUAAAUAUUGCCUUGCUAUACUCACCAAAAGGACUUAAUGUUUUAUUCAGUUUUAUAGAGAGGAGACACUGUCUGUUGUAGUAGGAUUUCCUAAAGUAUUUAGGGACAGUUAAAUGCUAAUUGUACACAUCUGUAAUUAUUUUACAUAUUCUUGGAAUUUGGGGAGUUAACAUUAAGUAUUCACUUCCCAGUUGCACAGACUGUUCGCUCGGCCGUCUGCGGUGUAUAAUGUCUGGUACGUCCAUUACAGGCCAGUGCCAAGGGGGUUUGUUUGUUUUCUUUUCUUGGUGAUGGUAGUUGGUUUAAACACUUUGGAUUAAGUCUUGAAAACCCUAAAUAUUGAAGGAGUUAGUUUUCUUCCAUCUUAUAUUGUCAAAAAGUACAUUAGACCAGAUGUAAAAUACAAAUAAUUUCCAUUGCUCGGCUUAAGGAAUAAUAUCUAGAAGUAACUGAUGUUGAUCAUUUCCAGGCAUUUACAUACCCUCAGCUUUCACCUUUCUUUCUUGUAGUCUCAUUAAGUUCUGUACCAUUUAAUUUCCCACGUCUACUAGGAAUCAGUAGCAUGUUAUGAUGCACCUUAACCUGUAAUAUCAGAAGUGCACUUUUAGGCUUACCACGAAAGACUCCAGUCCCAGCUUUCCUGUCUCAUAACAGAAUGGAGAAUAAAGUCAUACCUUAUUUCCAUUCUUCUAUAAACUACAAAACUGUUACUUUCUAAGUGACCAGACGACAGCUGCCUACAGUCAACAUGACCGCUUCCCCCAGACCCUAUACCAAAGCGUUUAAGGUCAAAGUACGAAACUGCUGUUGGUCCUUCCUUUUUUUUACCAGUUUCUAAGUCCUCCUAGUGAGAAUAUUUUUUCCACUUGAAAUCACUGUUUAAAUAAACUUUAUAAUUAUGUAAUCUCAUGUUGUAAAUAACAACAUGAUAGACUAUUCUUGCCAUUUAAAAAAGUAACUUCAACAUGAGGCAGUGAACACACAACACAGUGUACAGAGGAUGUGCUGUGGAACUGUGUGCCUGAAACCUGUGGAAUUUUGUUUACCAGUGACACCCCAAAAGUUCCAUUAAAAAGGAAGAAACCAACUUCACAUUUUAAGUGAUAAAGAUAAUUAGUGUACUGUUCCUACAGGUAUAUAUCC